CACGAAAAGUCAUUUUGUGUUCGCAAAGAAAAAAAAAAGUAGCUGAUUGAUUCCAUUGCGUGGAAUUUCGUGCAAAUUAAUAUUCUACCCAUUGGAUUAGUACGCAUCAAAUCGACGGGCGAACAUCGAGCAAAAUGGCUAGCCAAACGCAGGGAAUUCAGCAACUGUUGGCCGCCGAAAAGCGUGCAGCGGAAAAAGUGGGCGAAGCAAGAAAACGAAAGCAAAGGCGCUUGAAACAGGCGAAGGAGGAGGCACAGGAUGAAAUCGAACGAUACCGUCAGGAACGCGAGCGACAGUUUAAAGAGUUUGAGGCGAAGCACAUGGGAAGCCGCGAAGGUGUGGCGGCCAAGAUCGAUGCCGAUACUGCUAGCAAGAUCGUCGAAAUGAAUCGUUCCAUUUCGGUCAACAAGGCAGCGCUGCUAAGCGAAAUCCUCACGCUUGUGUACGACAUCAAGCCGACGGUGCAUAAAAACUUCCAGUACACCAAGUAAGGGGGCAAACGUCUAUAAAAUGCGGUGAACAAACGAUUCUCCUAGUGCACAUGUGCGUGCUGGUACCAGGCAGCACAACGAGCACAGAGCAGAUACCUAGAGAACCGGAUAUAGUCAGCAACAGCAACAAAAAAAAACACAAACACGCCAUUAGAAACUAUCGAUGUGUCGUCGUCGUCUAAUAUGAAUUUUUAGUGGAGCUGUACAUAAUUGUUUAACGCUGUUCUUCUUUGCCUGAAAGCGGUCCUAGUUGGUGAAACACACGUCUUUCUGCCUUCAGGUUUCGUUUGUUCUCCGCAUCUGUUUGCCUGUGUUAUGUAUCUCUCGUAUUCUUUUUUUUUACAUUUAUAUAGCGCCUAGCGAUCGACGGAUCCCUUUCCCCCCGUUGUUGCCUCGCGGUACUUGCGGGAGGGAAUAUUUUAAACAUAAUAUUUUGGCAACAUGCCAGCUGCGCGCGUGCGUGUGUGCUUUUGUUUUCCGUGCGAAUUUAAAUCAGCAUAGUGUAGUGUAAUCGUCACGAAGGUGAUGAUGGAUUGAUCACACAAUUACAACCCGCAUCAUUACGAUCCCGUCGUUUCCAUUCCAAAUCUCUCUCUCAAUCGGUGUAGUAUCUUGUUGUUCCCAAUGCCAUUGUCGAUACUUGCUAUAAAUUAGAUGAAUUACUAACGAAAACAAAACUCAUGACAAUAUUAUCGAAGAACCGUUGCCGAAUUAUUGUGCGAGCAGAUCAUUCAGAUCGUUCGCCAGCGCUUAGCUCACCGAAAGCUUCACUGGUGUGCGAUCGAUAGACGGUGCCUGUGUUACGUUGAAUUAAUAACGGCCCCCGGAUGCAAGUGGUUCGAUAAAACAUUGUUUCGCUCUUAUUACCAUUAUUACUUCAAAUAACCGCACAAACGAUUCUUUUGUUGCCUAAACGUGGCUUUCGUGUUUGGUUUUGCUUUCCUACACAUUUGUUUGUUUUUGCCCGUGAAGUGUCGGGUCGCAAAUACUGUUAUAUCCUCUAUAUGUAGUUCGCGCGCGUGGUCGUACGGUAAAGUACAUUAUAGUCCCAAUCUUCACUUCCCCCGCCCGCCCCAAUUCCUUAACCAACAAAACAACACAAGUAUCUAUCUUUACAGCUGUACCCACGGAACGUUAUCUCAUAAUUCGAAAUUGUAAAGAAUCCAAUAUCUCUACAUGGAAUAUAUAGUUAUGAUGAAUGCGGUUGAACAAA